AUGUCAGCCGUUGUACGAAGUCUAUUAAAAUUAACAACUGUACAUCGUUACAGUUCGUAUGCAUAUUUUUCAUUGUCGACUCCUUAUUGUGCAGCAAAGAAGUCCAUAUCAGAUGAAGCAAUAAAAGCACAAACAGCUAAACCAAUAGAAGAUACAAUCUUCGGAAAAAUUGCACGAAAAGAAAUUAAAAUUGAUUUACUUCAUGAAGAUGAUCAGUGCGUUGCAUUUCAUGAUAUAAGUAAACAAGCACCAACUCACUUUUUAGUAAUCCCAAAAGAACCUAUACCACAGCUAUCAGCUUGUACAGCGUUACAUGAAAAACUACUAGGCCAUUUACUAAUUGUUGCUACACAAGUAGCUAAAACACAGGGCCUGGCUGACGAUGGUUAUCGUUUAGUUGUUAAUAAUGGAAGAGAUGCGUGCCAGAGUGUUUAUCAUCUUCAUGUUCAUGUUCUCGGUGGUCGACAACUCGAAUGGCCACCUGGUUAA